GUGACCUUUGAAAAGCUGUGACCACUUAUUGCUAAUAGGUUUUCAACAUGGUUUUCGAUAUAAGUGGAAAAAUUGCUUUAAUCACCGGAGGAGCUUCAGGACUUGGUCUUCACUAUGCAAAAGAAUUGUUACGAAACGGUUUACAGGGCGUCACUUUGGCUGAUGUAAAUCCAUCUGCUGGUGCAAGUGCUUUGGAGGAGCUUGAAAAGGAAUUUGGACCCAAUAAGGCAAUAUUUGUACAGACAGAUGUAACGGAUCGGCAACAGUUUGACGGUGCUUUUAAGAAGACUGUGGAAACCUUCAAAUAUAUCGAUAUUUUAUUUAACAAUGCUGGUAUUUUAAAUGAUUCUACAUGGGAGAAAGAAUUGGAUAUCAAUGUUAAAGGGACAAUUACGGGAAUUCUGCUGGCUAUAGAAGAUUACUUUCCUAAAUUCAAGCAAGGUCCGGAAGCUGUUAUCGUCAAUAUUUCUUCAACUGCAGCUUGCGAAUUUUAUCCUCAUAUUCCAGUUUACUCUUCCUCAAAGGCUGCAGUCUCAGCUCUAACUAAAUCUUGGGGUGUUCCAUACUUUUAUCAUAAACUAAAAGUUAGAUUCGUGGCCCUCUGUCCGGGAGUGACAUUAACUCCGUUAAUUCAGAAUAUUAGAGGGAGAAAUUUUGGACAAAUGUACGAUGAGUAUGUGAAACAAGGAUUACAAGAAGAUAGAUGGCCAAAACAAAAGCCCGAACAUGUAGCUCAAGAAGCAAUCAAGGUGCUAAAAUAUGCACCAAAUGGAACACUUUGGUUAAUUGAAGGUGGAGAACCAUGUUACGAGUUUAUUCCAACAGACAAAUCCACACAAAAGGGAAAUUUGUUGAAAACUGAAUAAAUUUAGCAAUUUUAAUAGUAUAUGAUAUAUAAGCAAAUAUUUAUUUUCGGUUGUCCACGGUUAAUGUCACGAUAGUAGUUCAUUUCUCUAUUUAAAUUAACUUUUGUUGUGUUAUAUGUGUUUUUCAAUAUAAUAAUUUUUUACCUUU